AUGGCCUCCUCUCUUCUUCUUCAACCAGCAGCAGAGAAAAAAAAAUCAACCACAGCAGUAGCAGCACCCGCAGGUCAGCAGCUGCAGACGAGCAAAGGACCUUGGCCUCCAAUAGUACCAGUCCCAGCAGCAGCCCUCAGCAGAAGCACAACCAACAGCAAGCAGCAGCAAGCACCAGUACAACACUCCUCUUCUCUUCAACCAGCGGAAACAGCAGUUCAGCAGCUUCGGCGGCAAAUUCAGCAGCAGCAGCACGGCAGAACAGUAGAGGAUCUCGUCUUGCCCGCAGCAGGGGAACUUGACCUGCCCGCAGCUUCUUCUCAGGCUCCGCCGCGCGAGUCCCCCGUGCAGCCGCCUCUCCUCUCCAGCUCUACUAGCUUCAGCGCCCCUCCGUGCGCUCCACACAGCCCCGCCGCGCUCGCACGUCCCAUGCGCAGCCGCGCGAGCAACUACCCUGCCACAGCAGCGCGAGCAGGCUCCUCCCGCCUGACCCCACCGGGCCCCACCGCCUCGCCGGCGAGCGACUACACCGGCGCCGCCGCAACCUGGCUCGAUACCAUGUUGAAUCGGGAGAAUACCUGUGCGUAUGUGUGA